CGAGAUAUGGCUCGCCUGUCCACCCCGUAGGUGUCGGAGGCCACUUACGGGAGUGUCCAGGUGAUGCUGUUGAACACCAACUUCUUCACACAGUGUCGUCUGGCGGAGGAUAUGUUGCGCGGUUAUCAAGUGGGUUUGUGGCCGCACAUGUCGCCGUAUCUGUUCAUUCAGAUAGUCUGGGGCCUGCACUGCGAAGAGCUGCUGCCGAGAUUCGUGCUUUACGUGCCGAUGGCGCUGUCCAUCGAGAUCCUCUCCGCGAUUAUACCGUGUGUGGCGGAGCUUGGAUUCGAGCUGGCCGUGAAUCUCGUGACCCAGCUUGUUAAUUACAUGUACAAAUUCAUCUACAAACUGGCCGUUACCGGCGCGCAGGUAGAGCCGUGCGAAGAAUACAUAUACCAGUUGCAGGCGAAUUUCCAAGAGUUGUUGGACCAGCUGUCCAAUCCAAGGGUGACACGGUU